UCUGAUGAAGAAGAAGGAGAAGAUUUAAUGGAUAACUUAGAACGUGAUUAUAUGAGAAAAGAUACUGAAGAUCAUUAUGAUUUAGGAGAUAAUAUUGAUGAUGAAGAAUAUGAUGCUAUGGAUGCUGCCACUAGAAGAAGAAUUGAUGAACAAUUGAAUCGUCGUGACAAUUUACUCAAUGUGAAUUCUCGGUCAAGAAGACAAGCUUUCUUAGAUUAUGAUGAUGAAGAUGAUCAAGAAGAUGCUGGACAAUUAGAUCAAUAUGGACUUCCUGUUCAAAGAAGAAGAAGAAGACAUUAUGAUGAUGAAGAAGAUCGUAUGUUUGAUGAAGAUGGAGAUGAUAUUGAAAUUGAUCCUUUAAAUGAAGAAUUAUCAUUAGAAAGUUUAACUGAUAUUAAGGCUCCUAGUAUAACUGAAUGGGUUACCCAACCAGCAGUUCAAAGAUCUAUUUCUAGAGAAUUAAAGUCAUUUUUAUUAGAAUAUACUGAUGAAAAGGGAAGAUCUGUUUAUGGGGCAAGAAUUAGAACAUUAGGUGAAGUUAAUGCUGAAUCCUUAGAAGUAUCUUAUGAUCAUUUAGCAGAUUCUAAGGCAAUUUUAGCAUUAUUCUUAGCUACAUCUCCUGCAGAAAUUUUAUCUAUAUUUGAUAUUGUUGCUAUGGAAGCUACUGAAUUACAUUAUCCUAAUUAUUCACAAAUCCAUUCUGAAAUUCACGUUAGAAUAACAAACUUUCCAAAAAUGUUAAAUUUAAGAGAUCUCCGUGAGAAUAAUCUUAAUCAAUUAGUUAAAGUUAGUGGUGUUGUUACAAGAAGAACUGGUGUCUUUCCUCAAUUAAAAUAUGUAAAAUUCGAUUGUUUAAAAUGUGGAAUCGUUUUAGGUCCAUAUGUUCAAGAUUCUAAUACAGAAGUUAGAAUUCAAUAUUGUUCUAAUUGUCAAAGUAAAGGUCCAUUCAAAAUGAAUUCAGAAAAGACUUUAUAUAGAAAUUAUCAACGGAUUACAUUACAAGAAGCUCCAGGUACUGUUCCAGCUGGUAGAUUACCAAGACAUCGUGAAGUGAUAUUAUUAUCUGAUUUAGUAGAUGUAGCUAAACCAGGAGAAGCAAUAGAAGUUACUGGAGUUUAUAAAAAUAAUUAUGAUGGAAAUUUAAAUGUUAAGAAUGGAUUCCCAGUUUUUGCAACUAUAAUUGAAGCAAAUUCUAUAAAUAAAAAGGAAUCAUCUAAUAAUGCUAGUCUUUAUACCGAAGAAGAAGAACGAGAAUUUAGAAAUUUAAGUAAAGAAAGAGGUAUAAUUGAUAAAAUCAUUUCAUCUGUAGCUCCAUCAAUUUAUGGUCAUAAGGAUAUUAAGACUGCUAUAGCAUGUUCAUUAUUUGGAGGGGUUGCUAAAGAUGUUAAUGGUAAACAUUCAAUUAGAGGUGAUAUUAAUGUAUUAUUAUUAGGUGAUCCAGGUACUGCCAAAUCUCAAUUCUUAAAAUAUGCUGAAAAAUCAGCUAAUCGUGCAGUAUUUGCCACUGGACAGGGGGCUUCUGCUGUUGGUUUAACAGCAUCAGUGAGAAAAGAUCCAAUUACUCGUGAAUGGACUUUAGAAGGUGGAGCUCUUGUAUUGGCUGAUAAGGGUACAUGUUUAAUUGAUGAAUUUGAUAAAAUGAAUGAUCAAGAUAGAACAUCUAUUCAUGAAGCUAUGGAACAACAAUCUAUUUCUAUAUCUAAAGCUGGUAUUGUUACAACUUUACAAGCUCGUUGUGCUAUUAUUGCCGCUGCUAAUCCUAAUGGUGGAAGAUAUAAUUCAACCUUACCUUUAGCAGCAAAUGUUGAUUUAACUGAACCUAUUUUAUCUAGAUUUGAUAUUCUUUGUGUGGUAAGAGAUUUAGUUAAUCCUGAACUGGAUGAAAGAUUAGCAAGUUUUGUUAUUGAUUCUCAUAUGAGAUCGCAUCCAUCAAAUGCUGAAGAAUUGGAAGAUGAUAUUGUUGCUGAUGAAGAUAUGAAUGAUGAUGUAGAUCAUCCAAGAACUAGGCACGAAAAGAUUGAUCAAUUAAAUAAACAAAAGGAAAGUGAAAUCUCUCCAAUAGCACAAGAAUUAUUGGUUAAAUAUAUAAAUUAUGCUCGUACAAAAGUUCAUCCUAAAUUACAUCAAAUGGACAUGGAUAAAGUGGCACGAGUUUAUGCAGAAUUAAGAAAGGAAUCACUUGCAAGUGGAUCUUUCCCCAUUACUGUUCGUCAUUUGGAAAGUAUUCUUAGAAUUGCUGAAGCCUUUGCUAAAAUGAGACUCAGUGAUUUUGUUAGUCAAGGUGAUUUAAAUAGAGCUAUCAAAGUAAGUAUUGAUAGUUUUGUUGGAACUCAAAAGGUCAGUGUAAGAAAGCAACUUCAAGCCAAAUUCCAAAAGUUUACAUUGCCUACAAGAGUCAGGUAGCUUAUGGUAUAAUUCUAUUUCUCUCAUGUAUUAUUAGUAAGGU